AAACAGUUAUUUUUUUUAUUUUUUUUUGAUGUAUUUUCAAUAUAGUUUUUAAAGUCCAAAAAAAAAAAAUAGGCGACGAGGCAACAACCAACCCCCCCUUAAACCCAAAACCUCCUCCUCGUUGGAAUAUAAUUAAUAUAAUGGCUCAAACGCCGGCGUCUCCUGUUCAGCCUCCUCCGGUGCUAUUAUCUGAUUCCGCCGCCAAAGACGUCAUGAUCAAGUGGUUUCGCGGUGAGUUUGCGGCGGCCAACGCCAUCAUCGAUGCACUAUGCGGACACCUUAUGCAGGGAUGCGGCGGAUCGGCGGAGUACGAGGCUGUGAUGGCAGCGCUUCAUCGCCGAAGGCUCAACUGGAUCCCAGUGCUCCAGAUGCAGAAUUACCAUUCCAUCUCUCAAGUCACCCUCGAGCUACAAUUAGCCACGGACAAGAAAUGCUUUCAUGGCAAAGCAGCAGCCAUUCAUCAUGAUGAUGAUGAUUCUCCUUCCAGCGAUAUCACUGAUUCCGGAUCUCGGGAAGAAGAGCGCGUGGACGAAACGAUCUCAAUUUGUUGGAAGCACGAGGAAGAUUGUGAAUCAAGGGAUUCACUCCUCAAGCAGUCGUCUAAGCGUUUUUCAGCCAAGGAACAUGUUAGAGGACAUACGGCCAAUGUUGUGAAAGGACUCAAACUCUACGAAGAUGUCUUCACUGGAACUCAACUCUCCAAGCUUCUUGAUUCUAUGAAUCAGCUCCGAGAGGCUGGUCGUAAUCACCAACUUUCAGGGGAGACAUUUGUUCUGUUCAACAAGAACACCAAAGGUACCAAAAGAGAGCUUCUUCAGCUUGGGGUUCCAAUCUUCGGCAACACCACAUAUGAACACUCAGUGGAACCUAUCCCAACCCUUGUUCAAAGUGUGAUCGACCAUCUUCUUCAAUGGCGCCUGAUUCCUGAAUACAAACGACCAAAUGGCUGUGUGAUCAACUUCUUCGACGAGGACGAGCACUCUCAGCCAUUCCAGAAACCACCUCACGUGGAUCAACCCAUAUCCACUCUUGUUUUAUCUGAAUCAACCAUGGUGUUUGGGCACAGACUCGGGGUCGAUAACGAUGGCAACUUCAGGGGCUCACUAACUCUCCCACUAAAGGAAGGGUCGUUGUUGGUGAUGAGGGGUAACAGCGCAGAUAUGGCUAGGCAUGUAAUGUGUCCCUCGCCCAACAAAAGAGUCACAAUCACCUUUUUCAAACUCAAACCAGACUCCGGCAAGGUCCAGCCGCGGCCCAUCACUAACCCCGUCUCCCUAUGGCGACCAGGCACCCCAGCUCCUCCAGCCUGCGGCAUGGUCAGAGCUCCACUGGUGAUGCUAGCUCCGGCUCCCAAGAGGUUGGACGGCGGCACUGGAGUCUUCUUGCCGUGGACACCGCCUGUAUCGUCAAGAAAACCAGCCAAGCAUCUCCCCCCGCGUGUCCAGAGGCUGCGUCUCCUGUCAGCAGUGAAGUCGGUGGCAGAUCGUGAAUCCUCUUCGCCCGAGAUAGGAGUGAGCUGAGUUGGAAAGUGUCACGCACGGAAGCUCUCUUUCUUUUUCUAUUUUGACGAGUCUUUUGGUUGGUUCGGUUGUAUACUUGAGAGAGUUUGGUUGGUUUUUCCCCCUUUUUUUCUUCUUAACAUUUUAUUUGCUAAAUUUUAUAGAUUGAAGAUUAGGGUAUUGCGUUACAUC